AUGGCAGACAAAGAGGAACAAAGGACAAAGAAGACCAAGAAUAGUCCAAGUUGCUUGGGAUAUCCUGUCAGUAUAUUUUUCAUUGUGGUGAAUGAGUUCUGUGAGCGAUUCUCCUACUAUGGCAUGAAAGCGGUGCUGGUGCUGUACUUCAAGUAUUUUAUCGGUUGGGACAAUGAUUUGUCCACCAGUAUCUACCACACCUUCGUGGCUCUGUGCUACCUAUCACCCAUCCUGGGGGCCAUCAUUGCAGACUCAUGGCUGGGCAAGUUCAAGACUAUCGUGUAUCUGUCCAUAGUAUACACCAUCGGCCAGGUGAUCAUGGCUAUCAGUGCCGUCCAUGAUAUCACAGAUACCAAUAGAGACGGUACACCAGACAACAUGACCUUCCAUACCGCCAUGUCCAUGCUAGGACUCAUACUCAUUGCCUUGGGAACUGGAGGUAUUAAACCCUGCGUGGUAGCGUUUGGAGGAGAUCAGUUUGAAGAACAUCAGGAAAAACAAAGGAGUACUUUCUUUUCCAUAUUUUAUCUGUUCAUAAACGCUGGCAGUCUUCUCUCCACUCUCAUCACACCCAUCCUGAGAGCUCAAGAGUGUGGUAUCUACUCAAAGCAAAGUUGUUUCCCGCUGGCUUUUGGGGUCCCUGCAGCUCUCAUGGUGGUUGCCCUCAUUGUGUUCAUCGCAGGUCACAGCAUGUACAUUAUGGAAUCCCCCAAAGGCAACAUCCUGCUGCGAGUCAUGAAAUGCAUUGGAGUAAGAGCACCGACAAAAAAUGAUGCUUUCUUUAAGAAAUAG